GUGGCUCAGACCGCGGCUGCGGCGGGCGCGGGCGGCGGCGGCCCGCCCGUCCUGGGACCUUCGCCUGCGCGCCUACCCGCGGGGGAUCGGUGCGCGCUCCGGCCCUACGCCGGGACCGGGACGUCAGGCCCCCGGCCCCGCCGCCCCCCCACGAUGAGGAAGUUGAGGCUCAGAGAAGGAAAGUGAUACACUCACGUCCUGUGAUCCCAGUCCAGGAACCAGGUGGUCAGUCGCCGGGCCCAUGCCGUGAGGCCGCCACCAGCAUGCCUUGGGACGCACGGCCCGGGGGCGGUGCGGACGGUGGGCCGGAGGGCGCAGGCGCGGCGCGCUCCCGGGCGCAGAAGCAGUGUCGCAAGUCGUCCUUCGCCUUCUACCAGGCCGUCCGCGACCUGCUGCCGGUGUGGCUGCUCGAGGACAUGCGGGCCAGCGAGGCUUUCCACUGGGACGAGCGCGGCCGCGCCGCCGCCUACUCGCCCUCCGAGGCGCUGCUCUACGCGCUCGUGCACGACCACCAGGCGUACGCGCACUACCUGCUGGCCACGUUCCCGCGCCGCGCGCUCGCGCCGCCCAGCGCCGGCUUCCGCUGCUGCGCCGCGCCCGGGCCGCACGUGGCGCUGGCGGUGCGCUACAACCGCGUGGGCAUCCUGCGCCGCAUCCUGCGCGCCGUGCGCGACUUCCCGCCCGAGGAGCGCGCGCGCCUGCUGGACCGGCGGGGCUGCGGCCGCGUGGAGGGCGGCGGCACGGCGCUGCACGUGGCCUGCGAGCUGGCGCGCCCCGAGUGUCUCUUCCUGCUGCUCGGCCACGGCGCGUCGCCCGGCCUGCGGGACGGCGGCGGCCUGACGCCGCUGGAGCUGCUGCUGCGCCAGCUGGGCGGCGACGCCGGGGCCACCAAUGCCGCCGCCGCCGCCGCCUCCGGGGUGCCCACCGCACCCGGGGAGGCGCGCCAGCGCCGCCUGCUGCUGCUCGACCUGCUGGCGCUGUAUGCACCCGCCGGCGCCGCCGCGCCUGCCUGCCGGGAGCUGCUGGGCGACCGGCCGCGCUGGCAGCGGCUGCUGGGCGAGGACAAGUUCCAGUGGCUGGCGGGCCUGGCGCCGCCCUCGCUCUUCGUGCGCGCCAUGCAGGUGCUGGUCACCGCCAUCUCGCCCGGACGCUUCCCCGAGGCCCUGGACGAGCUGCCCCUGCCGCCCUUCCUGCAGCCGCUGGACCUCACGGGCAAGGGGUAGACCUUGCCGGGGGUUGGGGGGGACACCCCCUGAGCGCUGGAUUUUCGGAAAAUCUAUUUUUCAGAGCGAUGUACCCAGCACUUUACAUAUAUUGGUCUCUGUACAGGAGAAUCUCUGCUUCGUAUGUUGUGUGCGUUGUGGGCUGGGCCGGGCCGGGCAGGUGGGCCCCCAGCUGCAGGUUUCCUGGGGCUGGCUGAGCUCACCUCCCCACUGCUCUCCGCUCCCCAACUUUUUGCAAGGGUUCAGAGGUCAUGCGACUCUCUAGAGCCAGGCCCAACCCUCCACUUGCUGGCUAGCCACCAAGGGCGGUGAGGACCAGUGGCCCGUCUUGAUCUAGAGCUUCUAGGACUAGGUGUCCUAGAGGGAGCAACAACAGCUGAGCAAAGGAGUUGGACAGUGGCACGCGGUGUGGACAGGCGGGGACGGCUUGUGCGGAAGCUGAGAGCAGGUCUUGUGAAAUCCUAGGAAUUCCUCUGCAUUAGGCACGUUCAGCCUUGUAAACUCCCCUGUGGGGGAGAGGAGGGCAGAAGGCUUCUCCCCCCUCCCACACUGGCCCCCUGCCGGGCCUUGGGUAUCCUUGUAACAGCGACUGGACUUGUCCCUGUCCCUUCUGCUCUUUCCUGGCACGUAGCAGUCAUCUAGUCCUGGGGCCCCUGCUUCUCUUACCUCCACUGUGGAGCCCCUGGCCCCUGGCUCCAGCCCGUCUUCAGGUGGGUUGGAUGCUCCUUCUCCAGGCCUGACCACCCUCCAGCCCUGGGUAUGGGCUCCCCUGUGUCCCCUGGCUCAGCCCCCAGUGGGUGUUCGGCAGUGCUUGUGGCUGACGGGGCAGCUGUAGCUCCUGGUGGCCAAGGGCUCUUAGCCCAGCCCCUGUACCUUCUGCCAGAAGGUUCUGCAGAUGACCUGUUAACAGAUGUGCCACUGCUCCUCAGGAGCAUGCUCUGUGCCCCGAGGAGCCUGGAGCCCAGGGAGGACGGCCAGGCGGCCCUGCCCGGGGAAUUCCACCGGGCCAUGAAAUUCAACCUGUGCCAUCCCAGGCUGGAGGGCCGCCAUGUCCUGCCGGGAGCCGCAGCCUGAAGGUCGGCCCAGUGGUGGGGAGGAAGGGAGAAUGGAGGAGUACGAGGCUGAGGGACUGAGAUUGCAGGUGGGAGUAAGGGCUCCUCCCUCCUGCUGUGUGUCCUGUGGGUCAAUUCAGGAGCUUCUCUGAACACUGACACUGGGGUCAAAUGGAUGCUAACCUCUCUCCCAGCUCACAACUUGGGGCAUCAGGAGCCCCGGCUCAUCGAGGCAGUCCCGGGUCUUCAGAUCAGCAAUGCUGUUGUUGGGGGGAGGGCUUGUUGCCUUUGGGGUGGAUGGAGAUGGAGACAGAGUGGCUCAGAGUAAUGGGGGGCUCCUGGGCCGUGGGCCUGUGGAGGGCCUUGGUGCCUGGAGCCACCAGCAGCCUCUGCCUGGGAAGACCGACAGGGAGCCUGGGCCUGCAGACUUCCUGUCCUGUCUCCCAGGCCCAGCUCUGUCCUCAGUGGGUCCACCCUCCUGGGCCCCUCUUCCCGUCCACUCUACACCUACAGCUGCUCCUCUGAGGGCCCCAGGCUGGGAUUGGGGUGAUGCAGAGUUGGGGGAGCUGCCCGGCCUCGGGCCUCCCCAGGAAGCUGUGGAAGGGGGCCCCACAGAACCCAUUGUCAGGCAAACAGGAGGCAGGACCUGGGCGGGAUUGUUCUGGGCACUGCAGCCUGGGGACCUAGCCUGAGCACAUGUUCAGGGAAAGUUCAGGGGCCCAAACGGGGUGGUUUGGUUGGAGGGUGACCGGGAAGCAGAAGCUGUGGGGACUGCUCCAUCAUUUGCUGGGUGACUUUGGGGCCUCUAGGCCUUGGAGGGCUGAGAGGGCAGGAGGAGGCACUGGCCCCUGAUGUCCUCACUGUGAGCGAGUGGGACGGGGUCUGGGAGGGUAGUGGCGUUCACUUUGCUUGGAGUUGCACCGAGGGCCACAGAAACCAAGGCCUGGCCGGCGUCACUGCCCGAUGGCUGCAGAGUGGGGCCUGAUUCCUGCCACAGCUCCCGCGGAGACUCACGGGGGGCCGCCUGGCUCAGGGCACUGCAGGCGUCUGUGAGUGCAGAGGACCUAGGGAAAUGGUGCAGGGUGAUAAGUGGAACGUCAGGGUUAUCUGGUGGCCACUCCUGGCCAGAGGGAGGGCAGGAGGCUGGGCAGGAAGUACCUAGCAUUGGGCUUAUCAGAACCUGGGGCCCUGCAGUCCCAGAAAGGGCAGCCAGCGACUCAGCUCUCAGUCAUUGGCAGGUGGCCUUGGUGGCUUCUCAGAGGCGACCGGUCUCUCUGCCCAUGGCGAGGCCUUCUUUUCUCCAGAGUGAGGCACCUUGUUUUGCACCUUGGGUUCACCAACUCCAGUCUUUCUAUGGAAAACCUGACAGCGCCCAAGACUGCCAUCCCCGUGCCCACCUGGCGGCCCAGGAACCCCAGCCUGCUAGAGCUCGGGGGCCAGAAUCGCGUUCCCCCACAAGAGGACAGGGAAGGCGAGGCCACUCCUCCACAGAGCGGUCGUGAUCUCAGGCAGGGAAUGGCCAUCACGGGAUGGCCCAAGCUAUUGGGGUGGCCUGGGGGAGGUGGCCGUAAGGGCAGGGGAGUGAGGGCCUGCUCGGACUUCAGACUGUAUCACCUCGAUGCAAAUUACUGUGAUUUCCCUUCUGUUUCACCAGCUUCAACUACUGGGCUGAGAGCAAUUUCCUAAAUGACGGCCCGUCCUGUUCAGAACAAGGAUGCUUCCUGGGCGCCGGGAAGGAAGGAAGCCAGCGCGGUCAGGGGAAGCUGUGCAGGGUCUGCCCCUGUUCCAGAAGCGAGAGGCUGCUGCCGUGGCUCCCCUGUGGUUCAGUCCGGCUGCAUUUUUAAAUGGAGGCAUGAUUGACCUAUGACAGAGGCACAUUUUAUAUAUUUUGGAAUAUAUAUAGAUGGAAUAUAUAGAAUAAAAGAUGGGAAGAGGC